ACUGGCAGGGUCUAUCGAGGUGUAACAAGAUGAAGAAGAAAAUCUUUGGAGAAUCUAGAAAGGGUCAAAACAAAAGGCUGCAGUUUUCUCUAUUCGAUCUCUGGUAUAUAAAGUGGCUGAGAUCCCAGGUCAGAAUCGCCCUCUCCAGACCAACUCAUUCUCAAGAAGUCUAUAUUGACUAGAUUUAAUCGCAAAUUCUCUUUAGCCAUCAUACAGAAUGUGCCACGGACAUCCUCAUUCUCAUAAGUGUCAACACACCUCUGUGAAGUGGCUUUAUUGCCCAGAAGGAGCCUUUGACCCUGAAACUGGAUAUGAGUCGCCAUGCUCAAACCCAAUAUACUCGACGCCGCAACCAUCGAACGCGGACUGCCCCCUUCAAAAUUGCCACUAUAAAGCCUUGAGAGGCAGCUGGACUUGUUGUCAGUGCGGAUACAACACAAAUUCCCAAGGCUGGUGCAAUGGCAAGGAUCCUCGCCUUGGACAGCCUUAUUCCCCAGUAGGCGGUGAGUCUACAGGGUGGCAGACUUGUGGCCAUGGCUGCUGUAGUAAAUGCAUGAGAAACAAUUCUUCCAGUAGUUCGAGUCCCGAACUAGUCUUCUCGGAUGGUCGGAAAGGUAAACACCGAAGCAGGCGAGGGCACAACUUUGAAUUCGUCCCGGUCCCAUCCAUGCAUCAAGGUUCAUCAUCUUCGUCAUCAUCAGGUGGCUCUGAGUAUGUUGUGGAUGUCGCCUAUUCUAAGAAGUCGAAAUCUUCAAGUGGGAAGAUGAAAACGCAACGACGGAGUCAUCACCAUUAGGAGCCGUUAGACAUUGGUUGGGGCACUGAUGACUGGCAAUUUCACACAUGUAG